CAGCAAAAAAGCUUCCCAGGCAGUCGAAAAAGAAAGAAGUUUUUCUGAUAAUUACAAUUAACAAAAGAUAAAAGCACUGCAUUGAACGUGUUAGCAUGGAGGUGGAAAGUCCCGAACACAACAGAGAGUUCGCCGAAGUGGACAUUAACAAUGGUGCUGAAUCGGCAUCAGAUGACGAGGAGGAAGUACCAGCGCCCGGCAGUGUUACUUUGGAGAACGAAAAUGAUUUAUUUGUAUCAGCCAUGAGUCCCAGUAGCAUCGGGGAUGUGCAUCCGCUGCAAGAAGUUUUGACGGACGAUGGCGACUUCUUCAUCAAAAUUGUUGUAUCUGACCCCCAGAAAAUAGGCGAUGGCAUGGGCUCAUAUUUGGCCUACAAAGUGACGACCAAAACCAACAUUCCCAAGUUCAAGCGGACAGACUUCAGCACUUUGCGUCGCUUCAGCGAUUUCCUGGGCAUACAUGAUCUGCUGGUCGGAAAGUACAUGCGCGUGGGACGGAUUAUACCGCCAGCACCAUCGAAGAACAUAAUUGGCAGCACCAAGGUGAAGAUUAGUCCACAGCAGAGCGAGCCGGGCACCCCAAUGAACCAGGAAUGGGUGGAGAUUCGACGUGCAGCGCUGGAACGCUUCGUCCAUCGCACCGCCCAGCAUCCCAUACUGCGUGUGGACUUGGAUUUCAUGAAUUUCCUCGAAAGCGAUCAGGAGCUGCCGCGUGCCGUCAACACCUCUGCGCUGAGUGGCGCCGGUGUAAUUCGCUUGUUCAACAAAGUGGGCGAAACUGUGAACAAAAUUACCUAUAAAAUGGAUGAGAAUGAUCCCUGGUUCGACGACAAGAUCACUGAGGUGGAGAAUCUCGAUGCGAAUCUCCAAAAGCUGCACAAUGCAAUGAAGUCUUUGGUCACCUCGCGCCGCGAACUGUCCGCGCUGACCGGCCUGGUGGCCAAAUCCGCUGCAAUGCUUAGCACAUGCGAGGAACACACUGGCCUGUCGCGUGCCCUGUCCAAUCUGGCCGAUGUGGAGGAGAAAAUGGAACUGCUGCGCUCCGAGCAGGCCAACUCUGAUUUCUUUAUUCUCGCCGAGUUCAUCAAGGAUUACUUGGGUCUGUUUGGAGCCAUUAAGUGCAUUUUCCAUGAGCGUGUCAAGUCCUUUCAAAACUGGCAAUAUGCGCAGAUGCAGUUGUCCAAGCGAAGGGAGAAUCGUGGCCGCUUCGAGCUGGCCAAUCGUGCGGACAAGUUGGAUCAGGCACAGCUAGAAGUGGAUGAGUGGCAGGGAAAGGUACAACGCUGUCAGCAGCAUUUUGAUGACAUAUCGGCGGAAAUAAAGCGUGAAAUGGAGCGCUUCGAAUUGACCAGAGUGAAAGACUUUAAAGCGAAUAUUAUCAAGUAUAUAGAAGACCAAAUGGCACAUCAGCAACAGAUCGUCAGCUACUGGGAGGCGUUUGCUCCGUUUGCCCGUGAAAUUGUUUAACUUACAAAAUUCCCAACAAACUUUUCUCUCAAUGCAUUUCCAAGUGCUGUGUCCAACAGCUAAAGCGCGCUAUGAAUACUCUUUCAGCGGGACCAAAUUUGUUCUUGAUCUAAAGAUUCAGAGCGUAGCUAUAUUUCGCCUUCAGCACUUUAGUCUAGCCAAUCUGCCGCUGCCGCUGCUGCUGCUGUUUUGUAUUUCAAGUUAAACUUUAGCUAUCGAUGCAUUCGCACCGACGUUAACGUUAUCCCUUCUUUAUUCAUUAUUCUACACAGUAAUUAUGCUUUUAUAUUGUUAAAAACAAAGCAAAAUGGUAAUUGCAGAUCGAAAGCUGCCUGCGCAUUCUCAUUCUUCACACAUAUUCGGUAUUAUUUAAAACAAA